AUGGGACCCGUCCUUUUCGGCAUGCUAGAAGACAAAGAUGGGAACGUGGUUGGAACUGACAGCCAGGAGUAUGACACCCUGGGCAUUGGAGAGCAGAUAGGUGGCCCAUUGGAGGAUUUGACUGGAGCUCUCAACAACUUCAUCAAGUUUGUGGCAGUGGUGAGCUUCGUUACUAGUGUCUUUUCGAACUUCAGUUUGAUUGGUUUCUUCAAAUUCGGCCUUGCAGCUGUGACUCGUCAUGAAGCGCUGGCAAGAGAGCCUCAGGCCGCAUUGCCAGUGAAAGCCAGUGAAAAGGGCUAG